GAAAACACUGAAAAACACUCAGACGAUUAAGAUGGUUUCUCUGGUUCCUGGUGCAAAUAUGUAGAAACAAGACAAAACUAACCUACAAUUAACGAUUGAGAACAAUAUAAGAGCAAAUUAACUCAAUAAAUUAUUAAUAUUGAUGGAAAGUUACAGUUCCACUGGCAAAUUAUUUAAAACACAUUUUUCCCAUUUUACAAGUGAAAUAAUAAACAAACUCCUGUAUGUUGUUUAGAUUUUUGAAGAAAUUUCUAAAAGAGAAGUUUUUUAGGAUUAAUCUCAAAAUUUCUUAGUCUUUCGUUGGACAUGUACUCCUGUGUUGGCGCCCCCUGGUGGUCAGAGUCAAACUGAAGCUUUGUCUGAAUUUACCUGUCUGGACUCCAGUUCCCAGCUUCUGAUUGGUCGGCGCUGCUGGCUGCUGAUUGGCUGUCAGGCAGCAGGUGGGAAACGGCAGCCAUGUAAUGUAACACCUUCAUUCAUCAUUGAUGAGCAGCAGCUCCUGAUGAAGGAAGGUCCAGUUUUGGUUCUGGUCUGAUCCAGCCUCUGUUGUUCCGUCUCUCCAGAAGAAAACGGAUCCAGCUCCUGUUCUGGUAAGUGGAUCAAAACCGACCCAGCAGGUUCUGGUUCUGCAGAGUGAGUCCCGGAGUUUGACUCUCUGUGGAGGAUCUAAGGAAUCCACCGGAUCUCCAUGGACCCGAGCCGCACAGAACCCAUGACUGAGGCCCGUCUAUCCGUCUACAGAACCGCCAUGAAGGUCCGGUCUCUGCAGAGGUCUUGCCACAUGGACGCCGUCUUCAUUCAGCACAUCGCAGCAGCCUUCCAGCUGGUGGGCGGGGCUAACCCCAGACGUGACACCAUGUUGAACAGGGAAAGCGUGGCCGCGGUUCUCAACAGGAUGUUUAAUUGCGCGUACCAGGAAGUGACUGCGGCGGCGUCAGAGGAGACCAGCAGUCUGCUGUUCAGGCUGUUUGACCGAGAGGAGACCAGUCAGGUGUCGGCCCGGUCUCUGCAGACCGCUCUGGUCGCUCUGUCUGCAGACAGCGUGCUGGCCAAAUACAGGAGUCUGGUUCGUCUGUCAGGAGACAGCUCCGGAUCCAUCACCAGGUCUGGACUCAGCUCUCUGCUGCAGGACCUCAGCAAGAUUCCUGCGGCGGUCCAGGAGCAGGAAGUGUUCGGCAACGUGGAGACAGCGGUCACUUCCUGUUUUAACCAGGGCGGGGCUCCAGCUGUCAACCAAUCACAUCUCCUCUCGUGGCUGAAGAGUGAGCCCCGGCUGUUGCUAUGGUUACCAACUCUCUACAGACUGUCUGCCAGUCAGAAGGUGAGCCACGCCGUCCGCUGCCACACCUGUAAGGCCUUCCCCAUCAUCGGACUCAGGUAUCGCUGCAGGAAGUGUGUGAACGUCCAGGUGUGUCAGGACUGCUUCCUGAACGGCCGGCAGACCAGGAAGCACAAAACACACCACCCAGUGGUCGAGUUCUGCACUCAGCCCACCUGGAGAGAGUCUCUGUCCUCUUUGGUGCAUAAUGCUCGGCACGCCCUGUUGCCACGGCGAAACACUCACAGAGAAACUGAUAGGACGAGUGUCUUGACGUGGGCGGAGCCAGCAGAGACCCAGAACAGAGCUCCGCCCACCUCUAAUGCUGCGACGCUAUUGGCCUCCUCGACGCACUCUUCCUCUACUGAUGAAGAGGAGGCCCGGGACGCCGCGGUGCAGGUAUCUCCUCCUCUGUCUUCGUCCAAGUCUCUGCAGACAGACAAGGCUCCGCCCCCCCAGCAGGGGGCAACGCUGCUGACUGAAGUCAGGAACCUGCAGAGAGACAAGUGGCUGCUGGAGCAGCAGGUGGGGGCAUGGCGCCUCACCGUCCAAUCAGAGCAGGGCAUCUUGGAGGACCGCUGCUCUGAGAUGGAGGUCACCAUGGCAACGAUGAGGCAGCACAAUGAAAGGCUGCAGGAUAUGCUCAACCAGGCCCUGAGAAAGAUGGAGGCUCAACAACACGCCAACAACACGGAUGACACUGAGGGAGGAACCGCCACGCUGAUCUCUGACCCUCCAACCGACGACGAGGAAGAGGACGAGAUGAUGAAGGACGGGGAUGAAUGGAGCCUGAAGGAGUCUCAAACUCCAUCUCCCACAAUUCCACUCAAAUCCACUCUGUCACAUGAUGAACAUGAGGAGGAAACGCUAAAGGACAAUCAGCCAAUAGGACGACAGGAAACACCAGAGGACUGUCAGCCAAUAGGACAACAGGAAGCUUUAAAGGACCAUCAGCCAAUAGGACGACAGGAAACACCAGAGGACUGUCAGCCAAUAGGACGACAGGAAACACCAGAGGACGGUCAGCCAAUAGGACAACAGGAAGCUUUAAAGGACCAUCAGCCAAUAGGACGACAGGAAACACCAGAGGACUGUCAGCCAAUAGGACGACAGGAAACGCCAGGGGACCGUCAGCCAAUAGGACGACAAGAAACGCCAGAGGACCGUCAGCCAAUAGGACGACAGGGAGAACGUGAAGAGGCGGGGCUACAAACAAACGUCACCUCUCUGUCUGAUACAGAGGAUCCUGGGACUUGUAGUCCUGAAGUCUUGCUGCAGCAGACUGUGGACAGACUGAAGACAAAGAUGAACGGGAUGAAACACAGAAACACAGGUGAGAGCGUGAGGGCGGAGCUAACGGUGGCAGCGGAGCAGGUAGGGGAGGCGGUGUCCUGCCUGGUGGACGCUGUGAGGACAAACUGAGCAGGCGUGGCUCAUAGAAAA